AGCUGGCCUGGUAUCAUGGCAGUAACUCAGUAAGUAUUACAUUUGCGGAAUGCAGAUGCACAGUCGUGCGAGACAUGCGCGCGUUCAGUCAUCACUUUCACGGAUCCUAACCUCUACAUUUUACCUUAAUUGACUAUUGUUUGUGCAACAUUGUACCCGCGGUAUUAAACGAAAUUUAUAUUAUUUAUAAAAAUGGCUGAUGACGGAGAAACUAUAAUAUCCUCGGAGGAAGACUUGAUUAUCGUUCACAAGAAAGAACGAAAAGAACUGCAAGCGAGAAUUCAGGUACUCAAGAAAUCUAUAUGUAAAGGAGACAAGAAGAAGAAAAAAGAAAUCACUGAGGAAAUAGUAAAAUUGGAGUAUGAUCUGAAUAAGAAGCAAGAUGAAGAGAUGGCAAGAUUCAAAUUAUCGCAUAUGAGCAUUGACAAAACUGAUGCUGAAAUAGAAGGUUCACCGGUUGAUGAAAAUAGUACACCUGUUAAUGAACAAAAUAAUCAGGAGGAACCUAAGAGUGCAGGUAGAGUUUCUAAAGCCCAAAAGAGAAGAGAGAAGAAAGAGACUGCAGAGAGGGAGAGGAACCAAAGAAUAAUUGAACAAGAGGCUUUGAACGUACACGGAAAAAGAAAUCUUGAGAUACAAGCAAUAAAAAACAUUUUAGUAAAGAGGGAUUUGAUGAUACAUGAAAUACCUAGUGACGGACACUGCCUCUAUAAUGCUGUUGCUCAUCAGUUGAAAGUAAUAGGAAAUACACCAACUUUAGAUCUCAAUGAUCUUAGAAGACAGACUGCCAUAUACUUAAGAGAAAAUACAGAUAACUUUUUACCCUUCAUUGAUAAUCCAGACUCAGAUGAGCUGUUGUCAAUUGAACAGUACGAAAAAUAUUGUGAUAAUGUAGCUGAGACUAGUACUUGGGGUGGAGCCAUUGAGCUGCAAGUACUGUCAUGUGUUCUCAAAUGUCCUAUAGAAGUAAUUCAGGCCAGCGGUGUUCCCUACUUAGUAGGUGCUGAAUUUGAGCCAACUAGGAAACUUAUUCUAACAUACCAUCGACAUAUGUAUCAGUUAGGAGCGCAUUAUAAUUCAGUUACCAAGUAUUUAGAAAAAUCAGAUAGUUGAUCUAACUGCCAAUUUUUUUCUUUCAAGAAAAUAAGUGCUAGCCUACUGCACAACUCAAACAAAAGUUCAACAAUUUUGAUAAUUACCAAAAGGCGUGAUUGAUUAGAUUAAUUAUACAACAACUUGUGUACAAAUCAAUUUUAAAACAAUUAUUUUUCACAGAUGCAUAUUAAACUUUAUUGGUGUUAGGAGAUCUUAUAAAAUUUUUAAUCUACUGCAUUGAUGAAAAAUAAUUUAUUAUGAAAUGUAUUUUUAAUUCUCAUAAUUAAAUUACAAAUAUGUUUCAAGUCUUUGUCUUUACUUUAUCUCUAAGAAUCAGACAGAGAAAUAUAAAAACAAUUUUUUUGAUAAA